AAUCCUUUGCGCUCUGUAGAACAACAAUCCUCUCGGUGUUAUCCUCCGCUUAAAAAGCAUAGAGACAGAGUCACUUUGGGAAUUUACUCAGCGAGUCUUGAGAUGGACCAGGAGUACGAGCGGCGGCUGCUACGACAAAUCAAUAUCCAGAAUGCCAACGCCAGCCCAAUCAAAGCCACUGAGGUCAUGUGUGCACUGACCCCUGCUAACUCCCCUCUAUCCUCACCGAGUAAACACGGAGACCGCUUCAUCCCAUCCCGCGCUGGCGCCAACUGGAGCGUCAACUUCCACCGCAUAAACGAGAACGAGAAGUCGCACAAUCAAAACAGGAAGACAAAAGAAGGCACUUCAGACAGCAGUAAAGCAGAUGGCCUGGCGUACUGCGCGCUGCUGAAGAAUGAGCUGCUGGGAGCGGGUAUCGAGAAGGUGCAGGACCCUCAGACGGAGGACAGGCGGCUGCAACCCUCGACACCUGAGAAGACAAAUCUCUUUAGUUAUUCACUAAGUGCCAAGCGCUCGCUCCCUGAUGACGGCAACAGCGUGUCUCCUUACUCACUAUCGCCUGUCAGCAGUAACAGUCAGAAGCUGUUACGAUCUCCACGGAAGCCCAUGCGCAAGAUUUCCAAAAUUCCCUUUAAGGUCCUGGACGCCCCCGAGCUGCAGGACGACUUUUACCUCAACUUGGUGGACUGGUCAUCUUUAAACGUGCUCAGCGUUGGCCUCGGCACCUGUGUGUACCUGUGGAGUGCCUGCACCAGCCAGGUGACUCGGCUGUGCGAUCUGUCAGUAGAAGGAGACUCGGUCACGUCAGUUGGUUGGUCAGAGAGGGGAAACCUGGUGGCAGUGGGCACUCAUAAGGGCUUUGUACAGAUUUGGGACGCAGCCGCAGGGAAGAAGCUGUCUGUAUUAGAGGGCCACACAGCCAGAGUCGGAGCAUUAGCAUGGAAUGUGGACCAGCUGUCUUCAGGCAGCAGGGACCGCCUGAUCCUGCAACGUGAUAUUCGAGCUCCUCCGCUGCAGUCUGAGCGCAGGUUACAGGGCCACCGACAGGAAGUGUGCGGCCUCAAGUGGAGCACUGAUCACCAGCUCCUUGCCUCCGGUGGCAAUGACAAUAAGCUGCUGGUCUGGAAUCACUCAAGUGUCUUACCCAUGCAGCAAUACACAGAGCAUUCAGCAGCAGUGAAAGCCAUCUCCUGGUCUCCUCAUCAGCAUGGCCUGCUGGCAUCUGGGGGUGGCACUGCGGACCGCUGCAUCCGCUUCUGGAACACGCUGACCGGGCAGCCACUGCAGUGCACAGACACAGGCUCGCAGGUCUGCAACCUGGCCUGGUCCAAACACACCAAUGAACUGGUCAGCACACACGGUUACUCUCAGAAUCAGAUCCUGGUGUGGAAGUACCCCUCUCUGACACAGGUGGCCAAGCUCACCGGCCACUCCUACAGAGUUCUCUACCUGGCCAUGUCUCCAGACGGAGAGGCCAUAGUCACAGGAGCAGGAGACGAGACUCUGCGCUUCUGGAACGUCUUCAGCAAAACAAGAUCUACCAAGGAAUCGAUAUCGGUGUUGAACCUCUUCACAAGGAUCCGAUAAUAUUUGUUACAUUUAGGACUUCUAUACAUUGAUCAUUAACACGACAGACUGUGUGACCGAUGGACACUUUGAGGCCCGGCCUCCUUUCUGUAAGUUUGUGAAGAAGACGAGGGAAAUGUGGCAACUGCGUCCUCUUACAUUUUACUUGAUUGACAAAAGGAUGUAUUACUGCCAAAAGUCAGUGUGAAUGUUCAGCCUUUAGUUUGUGUAAGGCUUUUUUCACCAUUGUGCAGAAUCUCUUUGUUGUCGUUGUUGUUGUUGUUGUCGUUGUUUUUCCCUUCACAAUGUGCCAUUUGAUUUACAAGCUUUGUGUCCAUCAACCAUAAAUUCAGUGUUGAAAUAACUAUUAUAGGAUAAUAAUAGGCUUUGGAAUAUUACAGCCUUGACUGUUUUUUUUUUUCUUUUUUAAUUUAAUUGAACGAUAUUCGUCUUUGAUUCCCUUUUGUACUCUUGAUUGUUUUGCUAAAGGAUCAGGUAUUUUAAUUUCGACAUAUCAGAGAAACCGCAUUUAACUUUUUCUAGGUGUUUAAUCAAUGCCAUAUUCCAAUUCUACAAAAAGAUAUGAAUCAGUGCAUACAGUAGCAGAUAUUCUGUUUUAAAUCCUGUUUUUAAGCAUUAAUUACAGCACAGUCACUUUUCCAUGCUUAUUAAUCAAGAAUACAGUGUUGAGUAUCAUAAAUCACAUCCUUUGUGAAACCACUAUUUUAAUGCAGAUAUCUAAUGUCCCAUAGUAUAAAACAUUUAGUCCUUGGCACUUGUUUUAUUCCAAGAUUUGUUUUGUCAUUUUUUUCCCCCACCCUGUUUUUGUAAAUCAGGUUUUAUCUUACCCCCCUCCCCCCCCCCCUCCCCCACUUAUCUCAUGGUGUAAAUGAUGUGUUGUAUCAGUGAGAAUGAAUGCUAUUUAUUUAAUAUGUGUGACUGCGGUGAUUUGUUGAAUAUCUGGUACUUUGUGUCUGUUGAAAAAUGGGUGCUUGUUUUUAUCUGCCAUCCCCAACCACAUCCAAUACGUUCUCAUUUUGUAACAGCUUAAAGAUUGUUUAAGAAUAUACAUUAAGUCAAAAAUGUACAUUUUCUCAUCAAGGAAAACAAAUAAAACAAAGUGUUCUAUGGUU